GUAUAUACUCUCUCUCGCUCUCUCUGCGUCUCGCGAUACUGCCAAAAUGGAUCUGAAUAUGGACUCGAACGCCCCUCACUCAAUGGGCACGACCAUCAUCGGAGUCACCUAUAACGGCGGUGUCGUCCUGGGCGCCGACUCUCGUACCAGCACUGGGAUGUAUGUUGCUAACCGAGCAUCUGACAAAAUUACACAGCUCACUGAUAACGUCUACGUUUGCCGCUCUGGAUCCGCUGCUGAUUCUCAGGUUGUUUCCGACUAUGUCCGCUACUUCCUUCACCAACAUACGAUUCAGCUUGGGCAACCUGCAACUGUAAAAGUUGCUGCAAACCUUAUCAGGCUACUAUCCUACAAUAACAAGAACAUGCUUGAGACUGGCCUUAUUGUUGGCGGAUGGGAUAAGUAUGAGGGUGGUAAAAUAUUUGGAAUUCCUCUUGGUGGAACACUGAUCGAGCAGCCUUUUGCUAUUGGAGGAUCUGGCUCCAGUUACUUGUAUGGGUUUUUUGAUCAGGCAUGGAAGGAAGGAAUGACGAAGGAUGAAGCCGAGCAAUUAGUGGUUAAGGCAGUUUCCCUUGCCAUUGCUCGUGAUGGUGCUAGUGGGGGUGUUGUUCGCACUGUGGUGAUCAAUUCUGAAGGAGUGACAAGGAACUUUUACCCUGGUGACAAACUGCAGUUGUGGCAUGAGGAAUUGGAACCCCAGAAUUCGUUGCUGGAUAUUCUUAAUUCUCCUACCCCCGAACCCAUGAACAUUUGAUCAAGGCCAAGGGAACUAGCCAUUUAGGUACUUUUCCGCUGCAGCACUACAUUUGUUCUCACUUCUGACUAUGAGUGACAUUCAGUUUCGUUUUAAAGGGCACUAAAAACAUAUUUGUUAAUGAUUUAAGCUUGGAUGUUGGGGAUUCCUCUGCCAUCCUCAAUUUAGCUGCUGAACUAAUAGUUAGAUGGAAUGGCUGCGAUGCUGAUGCCGCUCUCUAUUAAAAUAGACCUGGUUAUCCCUAUAGCCCCCAGAGCAUUGGUGUGUCAAGUGUUUUUUAUAAUAAUAAAAAAAAACUCCUAAAUAGGCUUUGUUUAGUCUUGAUUUUGAUCAAAA